CCACCCCACCCCUGUUGCUGCUCACUGUCAAAUUAGAAAACAGUUAUAAUCCUCCCACCCACUCCUUUCUUCUUCACAACAUAAACAAAUACCUGUAUGAUAAUUUUAUAAAACAGACCAUCUUAAAUUCCAUUUCUCUCUUGCACGAAGCAUCAUGGCCUAGCUGGUUUCUUGGAUCCGGAGAUUUUGGGUCUUUUUUCGUUUCUUUUUUCUCUUUUCCAACUUGUAUAUGCAUACAUAUGACUCUUGAAAAAAACGAAGUAGCCCACAUGACAUGAUUUGGUUCCUUCUCGUUGUUCCUCCUCCCUAGGCUCCAACCUUUCUCUCUGUUCUCUCAUUGGAGUUCGUAGCAGCAAUAUAGUUGAUUAGUUGUAAUGCCUGAAAAUCCAUGGACCCUCUUCUUCCUAGUAACUGCUCUUUUACUUCAUUCCCAAUCUUCUAUUGCUUCUUCUGUUAACCCACAAGGGCAAGCUCUUGUUUCAUGGAAGACGACCCUGAACGGGUCCUUGGAGGUGCUGAGUAAUUGGAACCCAACUGACGAUGUUCCAUGUGGUUGGUUUGGAGUUAGCUGCAACUUCAAGAACGAGGUUGUUCAAUUAGAUCUGAGGUAUGUUGAUUUGCUUGGAAGCCUUCCUUCUAAUUUCACCUCAUUGCGUUCCUUGACCAAGCUUAUCCUUAUUGGGACGAACCUCACUGGUUCAAUCCCAAAAGAGAUAGGCUCACUUGCAAGCCUCACCUACUUGGACUUGAGUGACAAUGCCUUGACUGGUGAGAUCCCAAGCGAGCUCUGCUUUUUGCCUGAGCUUCAAGAACUUCACCUGAACUCAAACCAGCUUGAGGGGUCGAUUCCAAUUGCAAUUGGGAACCUCACAAAGUUGGAGAGGCUGAUCUUAUAUGAUAAUCAGCUAAGUGGUGAGAUUCCCUCAACGAUUGGGAAUCUGAAGAAUCUGCAAGUGAUUCGUGCUGGUGGAAACAAGAACCUUGAAGGUGCUUUGCCUCAAGAAAUAGGAAAUUGUACCAAAUUGGUCAUGUUGGGUUUAGCUGAAACAAGUAUCUCAGGAUUUCUCCCACCUACUCUUGGUCUUCUCAAGAAGCUGAACACCAUUGCAAUUUACACUUCCCUCCUCUCUGGUCAGAUUCCUCCUGAACUCGGUGACUGCACUGAACUUCAGAACAUUUAUUUGUACGAGAACUCCCUCACCGGAUCAUUGCCCAGCAAAUUGGGAAAUCUUAGGAAUCUCAAGAAUCUUCUUUUGUGGCAGAACAAUUUGGUUGGAACCAUCCCACAAGAAAUUGGGAAUUGCUACCAGUUAUCGGUCAUUGACAUCUCAAUGAACUCGCUUACAGGAAGCAUUCCCAAGAGUUUUGGAAAUUUGACGGCUUUGGAAGAACUCCAACUCAGCGAAAACCAGAUUUCAGGGGGGAUUCCUACAGACCUAGGGAACUGUGAGCAACUUACUCAUGUUGAACUGGACAACAAUCAAAUCACGGGGACGAUACCUUCUGAAUUGGGAAACCUUAGUAAUCUGACGUUGUUGUUCCUGUGGCAUAACAAGCUCGAAGGAAAUAUACCAUCUUCACUUUCGAAUUGCCAAAACCUGGAGGCUGUGGAUCUGUCACAGAAUGCACUAACGGGUCCCAUACCGAAGGGCAUAUUCGAGCUCAAGAAUCUCAACAAGCUUUUGCUACUUUCUAAUAAUCUCUCCGGAAACAUGCCAUCUGAAAUUGGAAAUUGUUCGUCUUUGAUUCGGUUCCGGGCGAGCAAUAAUAAGAUCACAGGGAGCAUCCCCCCACAGAUUGGGAAUCUGAGAAACUUGAAUUUUUUGGAUCUUGCAAACAAUCGGAUUUCCGGAGUCAUUCCGGAAGAGACGUCAGGCUGCAGGAAUCUCGCGUUUGUGGACCUUCAUUCCAAUAUGAUCGCCGGGAGCUUGCCGGAGAGUCUGAGUGAGCUUGUCUCCCUGCAAUUUAUUGACUUCUCCAAUAACAUGAUUGAAGGCACACUAAGCCCGAAACUAGGAUCGCUUGGUUCACUCACAAAACUGGUUCUUGGAAAGAAUCAUAUUUCUGGAUCAAUUCCGGGUCAACUCGGUUCCUGCUCGAAGCUUCAGUUGCUGGAUCUCAGCUGCAACAAUUUCUCCGGCAAUAUUCCCGGUAGUCUUGGUAAUAUUCCGGGUCUUGAAAUUGCACUGAAUCUAAGCUGGAAUAAACUUUCCGGCGAGAUUCCUCAGGAGUUUUCAGGCUUGGUUAAGCUGGGCAUGUUAGACAUUUCCCACAACGAGAUCAACGGCAACCUUCGCUAUCUCGCGGGCCUCCAAAAUCUUGUCGUCCUCAAUAUCUCGUAUAACAGAUUCUCCGGCCGCAUCCCGGACACGCCUUUUUUCGCAAAACUUCCUCUAAAUAUGCUCGCCGGCAACCCUUCGCUCUGCCUCUCCGUAAACCGGUGUGCAGAAGACGAUUCUGGAAGUCGUUCAGGCAGGCGCGCGAAGACGGCGCGUAUAGCUAUGGUGGCCCUACUUUGCACCGCAUGUGCUCUCCUCUUGGCGGCGCUGUACGUCGUCGUCGCGGCAAAACGACGACAAAGGGGCCACGGUAACGAUCUCGACCUCGAUGGGAGGGAUAGCGACUUGGAGAUGGGCCCACCAUGGGAGGUGACAGUAUACCAGAAACUCGACCUGUCAAUUUCUGACGUGGCGAAGUGUCUCACGGCUGGAAACGUCAUCGGUCGAGGCCGAUCCGGGGUGGUUUACAGAAUGAACAUCCCAGCGGGGUUAGACAUGGCCGUGAAGAGGCUCCGAUCGUCGGAGAAAUUCUCAGCGGUGGCGUUCUCGUCGGAGAUAGCGACAUUGGCGAGAAUACGACACCGUAAUAUCGUGAGGCUAUUGGGCUGGGCGGCGAACCAGAAGACGAAGUUACUGUUCUAUGAUUAUUUACCGAACGGUAACCUGGAUACACUUUUACACGAAGGGUGCACAGGAUUAAUCGAGUGGGAGACACGGUUCAGGAUAGCACUAGGCGUGGCGGAAGGCUUAGCUUACUUACACCAUGACUGCGUGCCUGCUAUCUUGCACCGGGACGUAAAAGCGCACAACAUUUUGCUAGGAGACAGGUACGAGCCAUGCCUCGCAGAUUUUGGUUUUGCCAGAUUUGUACACGACGACCACGCUUCCUUCUCCGUGAAUCCCCAGUUCGCUGGCUCUUACGGCUACAUUGCGCCAGAAUAUGGCUGCAUGUUGAAGAUAACAGAGAAGAGCGACGUGUAUAGUUACGGAGUGGUACUUUUAGAGAUAAUAACAGGGAAACGACCGGUGGACGCGUCGUUUGGUGAAGGGCAACAUGUGAUAGAUUGGGUGAGAGAUCAUCUGAAGAAGAAGAAGGACCCUGUGGAGAUUGUGGAUCCAAAGCUUCAAGGCCACACAGACACACAAAUACAAGAGAUGCUUCAAGCACUGGGAAUCUCCCUCCUCUGCACCAGCACUCGUCCCGACGAUCGUCCCACCAUGAAAGACGUCGCCGCCUUGCUCCGGGAAAUCCGCCACGAUCCUCCGGCCGGCCCCGACGCCCACAAGCCCAAGCCCAAUCCUACCACCAACUCUUCUUCUUCCUCCUCUGUCAGUCCCGCUCAGUUGUUGCUUCUUGACCAUCCUUCGUCUCAUUCUUCGUCACUUGCUUAUUCGUCUUCUACUCUGCAAGGAAGGAGUGCAUGAGAUAUAGUGCCUUGAGAUUACUGUGUUGAGGAGUUAGUUAGCGAUUAGUUGUUAGAUCGGCGUUAGUUAAUGACCGUUGAGGUAAUGGAAUUGUAAAGCUUAAUUAAGCAGGGGUAAUUUGGGUAUUCCGGGUUGUUGAUUUUCAAGAUUAGCUUAAUUACAAGAGUGUACAGUAAUUAGCAGUUUAAUUCAGUUUGAGUGGAGGGAUGACCGGAUGUCCCAUUCCUCCUCUUGGUCUCCGAGAAA